AUGGCCUCGGACGAAUACCCACCCUACAUACCGAUGCCCUCCCUCCACCAUGAACUGGGGCUGAUGUUCGGCUUCUUAUCUCUCUGCAUAGUGGUUAUAGGGGCAUAUGUUGCUCUCUGGCGUGUAUCCCAAACCCGCCUAGACGCCCAAGACCUCGCCCGCCGCAAAUCCUUCCGCAACAAAAACCCAAUCCAACCCCUAGGAACAACAACCUCCGUAACAGCAGGGCGAAGCCAAAGUCCCAACCAAGACACAACCACCACCUCAAACCCCAAAGCAGCUGUGCAAGAAAAGAUGCUCGACCGCGUCAGCAUGCCUGAGAGCCGCGCCGAGCUACCAGUCCACGGAAUGGACCUGUACACGACUGGGAAGGGGAAUGCGAGCACACCGCAGAUCAGGAGUCCGCUUGGUAAGUUUACGCCGCUUAGUCCUGUUAGUCCUGUUAGUCCGCGUGGGAGUGGUGGGGUUGCGGGUAGGGCUGUUGGUUCUGUUAGUCCCGUUGGGGGUGGGAUUGCGCUUGAGUCUAUUGUUGGGAUGGCGUUGGAGGGUGGAAGGGGUCUGGGUCGGGAUGCUCUGCGUGUUGAUGGGUUUCGGUCGGCGAGCCCGGCGAGGAGGUUUGGGGGUGGGAGUGGUCCGCCUGUUGAGAUUGGGCCUGCGCCUAGUCGGGAGUAG